GAAGUACGGCCGAAAGCCUAAGCGCGCAGGUUGUGCGAGGUUCAGUUUGUUUGGCUCCGCGUUCAUUCGCGUGUCUCAAAAGUCUGAGCGUUCUAGAAGUUUUUCUAAGUUUGCGAUACAUAUGCCUUCGUGCUGAAAAACAUGGCGGGAGUGCCAGCAGAUUACAUUGAGUGGUCGGAAUCGGAUGACGACGAAAUUGUCUUCGGAGAUGACGGCUACGGCCGCGACGACAUGCCAAAGUUUCUCGAGCCCCCUGCACCUGUUGCGCCUGAGGUCAGGAAACCCGAGAAAGACGAUGAAAUCCCAACUGUGCCGCGGACUCCAGCCGAACUGCAGGAAGAUUUUCGGGUGGCAGUUUCAAGAGGCAAUGUUGAGCUAGCGCGUGACCUGAUUUCUCGAGGAUUGGAUGUCAACAUGGAGUGUCGGAGCAAUUGGUCUGCGCUGGUGCAGGCUUGUUUCAGUGGCUACCCCGAGAUGGUACAACUACUGGUUGACCACGGAGCAGAUGUGAACGCCUCUAUAGGUGUUACCACACCACUGAUGGCUGCAUGCGGUACUUGGAAAGGUUCCGAGGCAGCCUUGGUUGCGUGUGCCGAGAUUUUGUUGAAGCACGGGGCGGAGCCUGAUUUGGCUGGCCGCGACGGCACAACACCAUUAAUGUUGGCUGCCCGAGAAGGCCACUGCCAGCUCAUAGAGCUGCUCUUGGAUCGAGGUGCUGAUGCAAAACGCCUGGAUGGCCAAGGAUGGACGUCGCUAAGCUGGGCAGCCUAUGCGGGACAAGGCAGGGCCGCUCGUUUCCUUCUCAUGAAGGUGCCUUUCGAUCUGGUCUCUCUUGUCACGCUCGAUGGACAGAUGCCCUCAGAUCUGGCCAGUUCCCAGGGCUACCACAAGCUUUCACAAGUCUUGUCAAAGUUUGAAAUGGAGUUUCGCGAGAAACAAGGCCAAGGAGAUGCACCAAGUCUCGAAGCAGAGGGACCAUGGAAUGCAAGCCAGGCUUCGAGGAAGUAUCAGGAAGCCUACGGUGAUGUGGCCUUGGUCCUGGCUGCAAUUGGAGCAGAAGAAAGGCUACCACUGUUUGUGGAGCACGGUGUGUGCUUCCGAGAGAUGCUGAACCUCGAUGAAGAGGCUCUGUGCAAGAUGGGUAUUGAAUCGAAGGAAGAACGUGCGAAGAUUAUUGCGGGCGUGGAAUCCACCAGGCGGUUCCAAAUUGUUGCGACAUCACCUGGCGUCAACGUCGACUUUGCGUUGGAGUCAGUUCUUUCAGCCGUAGACAUGGUGGAGCUUGCAGACACACUGCGAGAGCACGGCGUGAGCACCCUGGAGACGCUGCUGAAGUUGGACGAGGAGGGCCUGGAGAGAGCCGGCGUCACCCAGGUCGGCUCUCGGUCACGCCUGGCAGCUGCGAUACGUCGGGCUCACCAGCUGCCGUGGCACAAGAGCAGCAUACCGGAUCACCGCAAAUCGGCCACCAUCUCCUGCCCCGAGGCGGUGUCCGUCGUGACGACCCUCCGUCAGCAUUUGGGCCACUUGGAAGUGUCAGUGAGCCACCUGGGAAAUCACCUGAGCAAGAAACCCGAGGACUUGCAGUUGGGCCGGGACUUCUGCAGCACACGCCACUUGCGCAAGGAGCUCAGGGAAGCCCACGAGGCGCUGCGCUUGCUCUCCACACAGAUGCAAAGGCUAGACCAGCUGGCAGCUAAGGUCGAAGGAUGCGUCGAAUACGAGCCGCAGUGGCCACCACUGCCUGUCGAGGUGAAACGCAGCAAACGCCUGGCGUGGGUGCCUCUGUGCCUCUUGUUCCCGGCACUGUGGGCUUGCAAAAUGGCCGUGGGCCAGCUCAGUCACUGGCCGCGUCUACUGGGGUGGUUCUUGCAUCGCAACAUGUGAUAACGCCUGCAUGUUCCUAGUCACACGGAAGUGCCUGUUAUAUGUCCAUCACUCAUUUCUGCCACCGGGCCACAGAAACAUCACCCUUGAAUUAAAGAAAGUUACAUUUCAUA